UUCAAGCCCAGUUUUCUUUUUGUUUGUUUCCUGUUAUUACAGACAGGAAAAGCAAAGUACAUUGGGCGCAUUCAUGUUUGAGCUUUUGUACAUGGCACAGGGACACACCCAGUCCUUUCUUUUCUGAGUCCCUGUCAGUACAGUACUAUUCUACAUACAAGACAGAAGUACAAAAAUAGAAACACCUAAAAGAAACCGUGAUUCUAUGUGUUUAUGUUCCAUCGAGAAUCUGACCAAGUGAGACGAAUUUGAUUAGAUUUUCUGGCUUUUGGUAAAUCUAACCUUAUGGCAGGUCAGGGUUUUUUUUUUUUUUUUGGUUAGAGUGUCAGGGAUUAGCAGGUGUUGAACAGGUAAGUACUGUGAGAUCUUAAAUUUCACUCCUCCCAAGAGUAUAGAAAAACCAUGUAUGGUCUUGGCUCGAGAUGGAACGUAACUGCUUCUAGAAAGUUCUGAAGGUUUAUCAGACACAAGUUUUCAUUUAAUAAAGGUUACUAGUAUGACUCUGGCUGAAGCAGUACUGAAUAAGCUGCAGUCAUGGAAAGAAUCGAUUUCUUCCAGCACUGAGACUGAACAAGAUGAGAAAGACAGAGAGACUUAUAACCAUACAGGAAUCUCUCUGACCACAAAGCUGUGCUACGCUGUUGGGGGAAUUCCAUAUCAGGCAACAAACAUUGCUUUGGGCUUCUCCUUCCAGAUAUUUUUACUGGAUGUAGUGCAAAUGGAGGCAUUCUAUGUCUCUCUGAUCUUGUUUGUCACUCGGGUAUGGGACGCAGUAACCGACCCUCUCAUUGGGUACCUGGUGAGCAGGAGUGGGCGAACCCCAGUAGGCAAGCUCCUCCCUUGGUCAGUUUUGUCCAUGCCACUGAGCAUUCUGUCUUAUGUCUUCCUCUGGUUCAUCCCACAUGCUGCAGACAGCUCCUCGGUUGUUGUGCCCUGGUACCUCAUCAUCAGCUGUCUCUUCGAGACUCUAAUGAGUUGCUAUCAUGUCCCAUAUAUGUCACUUAAUAUGUUUCUGGGAGGAAGCAAGAGGGACAGAGAUUCAGCUACGGCUUACAGAAUGAGUGCGGAGGUGUUGUCGAUGCUGCUGGCUGCUGUGAUGCAGGGGCAGGUGUUGAGAGUGUACAACGCAGAAAGAGAGAACUCCUGCAUGGACACGGAUAAUAAUGUUGAGCUCACAUUCACCACACCGUCUCCCUCCGUUGCUUCUCUACAGAACACGCAAGCGGCCUUCAUGACUUCAGCUCUGUUCCUGUGCGCUCUCUUCUUCCUCUGCUGUAUGGUGCUCUUUCUGGGAGUGAGAGAACAAAGUGGGUCUGCAGAUAUUGAGAUAGAGAGAUGCUCGUCAUGCCUUGCUGAUCUGAAGAAACUGGUUGGCCAGGUCUCGUAUCAGCGACUGGUCCUUGGCUUCCUGUUCACCUCUAUUGCUUUCCAGAUGGCUUUAGGAAACUUUGCUUUGUUCUGCAUCCAUGUGGCAGGAUUGGGAGCUCAGUUCCAGUAUCUCAUGUUGGCUAUAUUGGUUUCCGCUACAGUAUCAGUGCCAUUGUGGCAGAUGAUUCUAUUGAGGUUGGGAAAGAAGAAAACUCUCUUUAUCGGCCUACCUCUUUUUAUUCCUGUUAUGAUAGUCCUAGUGUCUGUCUCUGAAAACUUCGCUGUCUACAUGAUCAUGUGCCUUCUGGUUGGCACCAGUGUAGCUACGCUCCUCUUGUUACCAUGGUCCAUGUUGCCAGACGUGGUGGAUGAGUUCAUGGUUGCAAACCCUUGCUGCAAGGCGAUGGAGCCGUUGUUUUUCUCCUGCUCCUGCUUCUGUAACAAGCUCGGCGGAGGCCUCUCUGCUGGCAUAUCCACCAUGACACUACACCUGACAGGUUAUAAAACAGGAGCAUGCAGCCACAGCGGAGGAGUUAUCUUGGCAUUACGCCUGCUUUUGGCACCGAUUCCCAUCGUCCUAUUGCUGGUCGGUCUGGUCUUCUUCUAUCUCUACCCCAUCAAUGAGAUGCAGCACCUGAGCCUUCAGAAAGACCAAAAAGAAACAAGGGUCAAGUCCCAGAUGCUUCCAAAUAAUCAGGACAUCAAACUACAACAACGCAUGUCUAGCACAAUAUCUACUUCCCAGCCAGGAGGUUUUGCUUCAACAAGCUUUCCAGAUAAAAAUAGUAGCUUAGACUGCACCUCUGAGCGGCCAUUUUAUAAACCAAAAUGGAGGUCAAUAAGCAACAUGCCUGUAUUUCAAAUUAGCACACGACAGUCUUCACUGUACAGUAAUGAGACAUGCUCAAAGAAAGACGUAGUUACAUGGGUGUAAUUUAAAAGUGAUUUGUUGACAGGAAAGUGAGGAAAUCAUGUUCAAAAUUAGACUGGGCUUCUGCUCAGUGCUCUAUAGACAGGGUUAUCAGUAUGAAAGGAUUUGGUUUGUUGAAUUCAGUCAGAUUUAUGUUAAGCCUGCAUUUAAUUAUAAUGUAUACAAUAUAAUAAUAAAUAUAACAUUUAAAAACAUGUCUACACACUUAACAGCCACUUUAUUAGGAACACCUAUACACCUGCUCAUUCAUGUAAUUUUCCAAGCAAUCAUUUAACCAGUCAAACUGUCCUGUGAUCUGUGCUCAUAUUUAAUGCUGCAAGUCUCCAUUCAGUGUACUAUUAAGUUGCCACUAUUAGUUCAUCAGCAAUGAACUUCAGUGGCCCAACUAUCAUUUCACUUAUGAAAUCUAGAGGAAGAUUUGGUUUGCAUAUACAUUUCACCAUGGUAUAUAUGUAUCAUAUCGUACAAGAUGAAGGAGAAGCAGUGUGUGCUGUACUGUGUUCAUUCGCAUUGGUAAUCACUGACAAAUCACUAUUUGUCACUCCCUAUUUGCAUAAAGUUAUAAUUUUCUGAACUUUGUUGCAUUGCUGUACACACACACAUCCAGUCACUCUGUUGCUCAUUUCGCCCGUUCUCAUUGCAUAUCAAAAAUCUACUGUCACUUUUUCUGCUGUAACGUAACAUCAGACUCCUGUUCUUGACUGACAGAACCUAAUGCUAUAUUUUGUUCUUGCUGUAGCCAGUAUCCAGCUGAGGCUACACUUGGAACUAUUUUCAUUGAUGGAGCAAAAAUAAACAAAAUAUUUUUCAAACUGUCUAAAAUAUCACUGUGUUCAUUUCCUGUUCAUAGAACUGUUGUAUUGUACUGAAUAUCAACACAACGGUGAUUCGGCUGUAAGUAAACUCUAUUGCUUGUGCGAUAUUGCUUAAGCAACAACCAAUUUAUUUGUAGGUGAAUGAUAAACAAAUUGAAAACAUGCUGCUACAUAAGAAAGGAAAUAUUGAUAUGGGGAAGCUUUCUGUAAAGAAAUGUUCAUGUAACCUUUAUGAAGGAGUGUCCAGUGUCAGCACUUUGUAUUGGUAGGUAAGAUUUGUUUAAUUACAGAAGCAACUGUAAAGAAAAUUGGCUGUGUCCUAAAUCACGGGUGACAGCAGGACAAAUUGUGUAGCCUUAAUAGUACGUCACCUAUAGUAGUUUUGGUAAUAGACGUGGAGAUAU